UCUCCUCCUCCUCCGCCCCCCGGCUCUCCUGCCCCCAGCGGCCCGGGAGGAACUGAACCGUCGCUGCACAGGAAGUAGCGGCUGCGGGGAGCAGCGGCGGCGACAGCUGGGGCUGCCGCACUCAAUGAGCGAGGCUCCCGCAGCCGCCGCCGCCGCCGCCCGCCCCGCUCGCCCCUUCCCCGCCUCCCGAGGGCAGCGGCGCCGAACCAGCCCGCCGCCGCCGGGGGGGCACCGCGGACAGCAGCAGGCGGAGGCGGGCAAGGCCGCCCGCCCCGGGGCUGGAGGCUGAGGCGGGCAGAGGCAGCUCCGGCUCUUCCCGAGGAGGAGGAGGAGGAGGCGGCGGCGGCGGGGACUGCAGGUAGGGAAUACCUGGAAGCACGACAGAGUCCUUCAAGGUCAGAGGAGAGAAAAGUUUCAAGUUUAUAUACAUAGGACAAUUAUUCUGAGUGACAGCCCUUGCACACACUUCUGAGUGGUUAUCAUGGGCUUCAUUGCCUUUCUGAAGACCCAGUUCAUAGUUCACCUCCUCAUUGGGUUCGUCUUUGUUGUGAGUGGACUGAUCAUUAACUUCAUUCAACUAUGCACGCUUGUCCUCUGGCCCAUAAACAAGCAGUUUUAUCGCCGAGUAAACUGUCGCCUUGCCUAUUCACUUUGGAGCCAGUUGGUAAUGCUGCUGGAAUGGUGGUCAGGCACAGAGUGCACCUUGUUCUCAGACGAGGCCACAGUGAACACCUUUGGGAAAGAACACGUCAUCAUCAUCUUGAAUCAUAACUUUGAAAUCGACUUCUUGUGCGGCUGGACUAUGACAGAGCGCUUUGGAGUGCUAGGGAGUUCCAAAGUUCUUGCUAAGAGAGAGCUACUAUAUGUGCCCCUAAUUGGCUGGACGUGGUACUUCCUUGAGAUUGUUUUCUGCAAAAGGAAAUGGGAAGAAGACAGAGAUACAGUUAUUGAAGGAUUAAAGCGUUUGGCUGAUUAUCCUGAAUAUAUGUGGUUUCUCCUGUACUGUGAAGGAACUCGUUUUACAGAGACCAAGCAUCGUAUCAGUAUGGAGGUAGCUGAGUCCAAGGGGUUGCCUAAACUAAAAUACCACCUGUUGCCCAGAACCAAAGGCUUCACCACUGCUGUCCAGUGUCUCAGGGGAACAGUUUCAGCAGUGUAUGAUGUAACACUAAAUUUCAGAGGAAACAAGAACCCGUCUUUAUUAGGAAUUCUUUAUGGAAAGAAAUAUGAAGCAGAUAUGUGUGUAAGGAGAUUUCCUCUGGAAGAUAUCCCUCAAGAUGAAAAGGAAGCUGCAAACUGGCUUCAUAAGCUUUACCAGGAAAAGGAUGCUUUACAAGAGAUGUAUAAUCAGGAAGGUAUAUUUCCUGGCCAGCAGUUUAAACCUCCUAGGAGACCGUGGACUCUCCUAAACUUUCUUUUUUGGGCCACAGUUCUCCUCUCCCCUCUCUUCACAUUUGGCUUUGGAGUUUUUGCAAGUGGAUCACCUCUUCUUAUCCUUGCAUUCCUAGGACUUGUUGGAGCAGCUUCCUUUGGAGUUCGUAGACUGAUAGGAGUAACUGAAAUAGAAAAAGGCUCCAGCUAUGGCAACCAAGAAUUCAAGAAGAAGGAAUAACUGACAGCUGCAGUCCAGCACAUAUAACCAGACUAUGGUAUCCAAUUAACUUCAGUUACAAACCAACAACAAACACUUAGAAACUAUCUUUUUCUUAAUAACUGAUGACUAAUAUUAAUGAAUAAAACUUGAGCCAAGAAUGAAGAAGUUGGAGGCAUCAGCUGAAGAGAACGCAUCAACUUUCUGCCUGUUUAAGGAUUACUGUAGUCAAACUAUGGGAGAAAAUCUGGGGUGGGGCGGAAGAAAAAACUUAAUUUUUCUUGCUUUGUUGGGGGACUUGGGGGUGGGGGGAAAAAAGAGGGCAUUGGCCAUGGCCAUGUGCAUCUUCAGAUGACUGAAUACACUGGUUUCUGUCAAGAGCACUACACUCACUUUUACAACAGGAGCCACUGAAUGUUUCCUCUUGCUAAAGCCAACGUAAUCUUUGUUGUUUUCCAACUUUUUUUAUUAAUGAGCCAGGAAAAAAAACCCUUAAAUUAAUUGACAGAUUUUCAUUGGGUUGGAGUAAUUUUGAGAAGGCUGUGUUGUCAUGGCUGCAGUUGAAAUCCUAUUUGUAUGUUACACUGACACUUUUUAUUUUCAGGCAAUGUCCUAAAACUUCUGUAAUGCGAGCGAACGGCUAGUGGAGUUUGGAAGCGGUGCGUGAUUGAUCAGCACAUACCGUAGAACAGAUCCACUAGUAUUAAAACGGUAUAAAAUUCUCAUAUCUGCUGCCUACUGCUCAAGGCUGUUUAAUUUCAAAAUAUUACUUCAGUCUUGAGUGUUGUUUGCCCUGUUUCACAUCAUACAUGUAUGAUAAUCUUUAAUCUGUUUGGGCUGGGUUUGUUUUCUGAAUUAAUGGUGACCAUGGGAUUUGGGAGUUGUGCAAAGAAGGAAAUUUAUUCAACUGUUGUGACAUUUGCUCCUUUUAUUUCUGUUUGCAUCUCUCAUCACCGAAGUCCAGGUUAGCCAAUCUCUCUCAGUAAACUGGGAGGCAGCAGCAGAAAUCAGCACAAUAGUAUUCAAAACGUCUGCUUUUACAGAAAUUUGAAGAGAGGUCUGUAGCAAUUGGAUUUUGAAUACUGACAUCUUUUGAACUUUUAAUGAGAGUUUCGACAUUGAUUCAAAUGGGGCCAGGAUCUUACCCUGUGUGCUGUAAUGUUAGGGUGUGCUGCACUUUCUACCUGGUUGUGCUUUAGAUGUUAACGUGAAGUAUAUUGCAAGGUGAGCUAUGCUGUUAAGCAUUAGAAGGAGUAUGGAAUCUCUUCAGGGAUUUUAAAUAUCUUUAGUUUUGCUUUUUGACCUUUUGGGGUUUUUCCACUGAAAAUUAGAGAUCAGAAUCAUGGCUGUACCUGUGUCUUUUUUUUUUUUUUUUUUUUUUUUGUUGUUGUUUUUUUUUCUUUUUCACAAAUGCACAUUCUGGGAUUUUUGUAGAUUGCUGCUGUAUGCAUAGCUGGAGAACUAUUUGCCAACAGAUGGAAACUAUCUGUAUGUUCAAGUCUGAAGGCCCCAAUCUGCAUUUGGCUAUGCUCAAAAGUUGGUGAAAUGGGUUGUAGAUCUACAGCUGAGGGCAGAAACUGACCCUCGGGGUCUGUAUUUUUAACCCAGCUGCCACUAGAAUAUUUAUCUCAUUUUUGUAAAGAGCAGAUCUUAUAAAAGCACUGGUCAUUAUUUUCAUCUUCGCUCUAGUAACCAAGAUAAGAGAGUAAUAAUUUACCUUCUUUCCAUAUUUACUCUAACUGUUGGAAUGUAACCUCUUCUUCCACAGGUUUUUUUGUUUUCAAACACUGGAAGAGCAAUUUUGUAACUUAGAAAAGUAUUUUACUUGGGGUCAUUAAUCACUGUUCUGUCAUGCACUUGAUUUUUUAUUUGUGGUCUUUUCAACAAAAGGAUCUGAAGGGUGACCUGCGUUGUCCGUCUCCUGUUAGAUUCAUCCUCACUGAAUCAUUGUACCCGUAGCCCCAGCAUUAGUAUGUCGUUUUGUCCCCUCAAUAAAUCUUCCCUAUGAUAGGGAAUGCAAAACUGUUGUUAAUGUUAGUGGAAUUUGGAAUAUGCUUUGGGAACUGAGGAGAACAGAGCCUAGCCAUCAUGACCCUGUUUUCUUUUUCUUUGCUGGAUGUUUUUGUAUUUUGUCUUUAAGUACGGUUAGACUUCCAAAUGCUGAUAAAGAUAAGUCUCUGACUUUUCCCUGUUUUUUAACUGGAGGACUAAAAGCAGUGGGCUUUUCUUUAUUUAUUCUUUUUUUUUUUUUUUUUUUUUCCUUAAAUAAUUCAGUAAUGGUUAUAGUUCUUGCUUCUUAGAAAGACGUUACAAAAGCUGUAUACUUGCUUCCUGGAGAUGAUAUUGAGUAUAUAUAAAUUGUACUGGUUAGCAGAGUGAGGCUUGCAAAGCAGGCUCACCAUUGACUACGUUUUAUACUUAUAUUUUGGGCAGUAUAUUAAUGGGCAUGACAAGAAUUUCACAAAGUAAAUCCCUUCUUAAUGCUGAGAAGAGGAGAGAUGCUUAAAGGAGAAGGGAAUUAAUAGCCUUUCUCUUUACGGGAUGCUUUUCUCCUCUUAGUGCAUGUAACUCCCUAUUCAGAAUCAUGGGAUUAGUGCAUGUACAUCAAGGGGAGAAUAAUCAACAUUUCAUAUUUUCUUAUCAUAACUUGUUGGUCAUGCUUUCUUUUUGAAAAUAUAAUAAAUACAUCAUCAGUUACUUAAAUUUUGCUAUUCUAAACAGACAUAUCAGUAACCAUUUUGAAAACUUAAAUAUACAGCAAUGCACAAAACAGUACUACACCAACACAAAUCUCUUCAUUUUGAAUUUUAUCUCCUCAAAUAGGAGUUUUUAUACACGCACACGUACAUGAAGUAUGUAUAAAUUAAAAUGACUGGAACUAGCUGAAGUUAAUGAAACUAAUGAAGAUUAGCAGGUGGCUUGGAUUGGAAAAGUGAGCAUAGAUUUUCUAUCUUAUUUUCUUCUGGUUUAAUAGAACAUAGCUUGUAUAUUUGACUACCAAGCCCUUUAAGAGCAAUAAUAAACAAAAAUAUAUCAUGUUUUUGGUCUUUUGCUUUUCAACCAUGCUAGGUUUAAUAAACUUAAAGCUAUAGGAGCCUUUUCUCUCUCCACUUUUCAAAACUUUCAUUUAUUGCUUGAUUGUUUAAACUGCAUCCCAUGUUCUCCAUUAUGGACUUGCAGGCUGACUGCCAUGGAGUCCAGCAUUGACUCCAAAGAUGAAUGGUUCUUAGACUAAUAUGGACAGAUGCUCUGCUCUUGGCCUUGGCAGCACUUGUCGUUGUUAUGAAGAAUAAUGAUGCUGCUCUCAAAGUGGGAUUUGCAGUUCCAAGGUAGCAUCACGUUGACUUCUGUCUAAGAACCUGGUGGGAGAGCUUGGAGACUGCUGGCGUUGUGGCAUCUCUCGGUUAGGAAGGCACAAAAAGCUGAUGCUGAAGAAGGACUGGAUAACUGGUGUCCAGAGGUCUUGGCUCAAUAGGGAACACAGUUCUCUGUUGCCCAUUGUGGCGGAAUGUGCUCUUGCAAUUGACUUUGCGUCACUGAGCAAAAUAUCUCUCUGGCACAAAAAGCAUGGGCAGGGUUCCUUUGUUCUGCUUUAACUUAUCUUGAAGGGCUCUACACUUAAUUCCUGACCAAUGAAUAUGAUUACUACCUUUGUCCCAAUUGCCUAGUAUUCACAGAAAAAGUGAGUGUGUUUGCUCACUUCUGCGUGAUACCACUUGUCUCCGUCACUGAUGUCUGUGUAUUUGCUUGCCUGUAUUUUCUGCAGAUGGUUUAGUUACAACCUCAUAGCUGGAACUUGAGCUUUCCAGUUCAACAAGUCCUAUAGAAAUUGUCUCACAUAGCUGGGGUUUUGUGUUCCUGCAUUUUGGCGCUGGUUGACGUCCUGAAGUGACACAACUGUGUUUAAGUUGUGUUAAACAAUAAUGCACCUUCGCUGCUUCAGAGCAGAACUCGUAUUAGGUCCUUCCCAGGCCUGCUCGUGAAGGCCAUCACUACCUGGUAACAGGUCCCUCUGGCAUUGAUGAAACCAACAGAAGGGAGUUGGGACAAGGUCUUCACUAACAGUUGGAGUAACUAGCAAGUCGGGGUCACUGUACAUCUGAUAAUUGCUAAAGGUGCUGUUUCUGCCUGGGACUACCCCAAAAUCUGGUUUUGCUUCAUUUAUAUUUUUAUUAAAGGAAUGUGGGGUUGGAGGCUUUUAGUAAUGCUGAGUUCACACUAUGUAGAAUGUUUCAGAUUGAAGAAAAUACGUAUUUUGGCAUCUUGGAGAAGUAUGUAUUAAGAAGUCUAAGGCCAAGAUUGGACAGACCUCACCUAAGUGUGUUUUGUUCAGAUGCUGGAGGCCAAUGCAGAUAAGUGAAAAAUCCAUUCCUACAUUUCCUUUGAAAAUUGGAUGCAGCGAUGUAGCUCACAGCAUCUCCUGGAUGCCCACGUGCUUAUGUCACUUAGUGUGAAGUUUCUAGUUCACAGCCGACAAUGACUACACGUCCUGGUUUAUGCCUGUGGGAAGAAGCCCAUCCUCAUAAUGAUAACGCUCAAUUUGUAACUUUGACCCAGUUUGUCACAGCCACUUGUUUCCCUGUUUCUGAACCUUUUGGUCCGUAUUGGGCUGCUCCAGGGCUGCCAGCGCUGAGCGAAGCCGGGAUUUGAAGCAGGUGACAGCCAUGCUGAGAGCUGCAAGUGCAUCGCUGAAGGGAGGAGGAAGCACAAGGGGCAUAGCUGGAAGGAAGAGGAACACCGACAGGUCCAGCCAAAUUCCAGCCCUGAGAAAGCUGAGCAAUUGCCAGGAGCUUUGCAAAGCAGAGAUCAGUGUGUAUGUGCGCAGGCAAACUCUGACUCCAAUAUGAAUGUGAAGCCUCCCCGUGACAACUUAGAAGGCAACCAUGUUCAUGUGAUUGGGGUCAGAAUUUGUCUUAAAGGCUUGUUACAGGUGGCAACUCUUACUCUGCCAUACUUCCCCCUGUUUAUCUUGAAGACUGGUUUAUCUGAUGGUCUCGGCAAUCUCUGCAUCAAGAUCCUUGCACGUUCUUGGUUGUGGGUUUUUUACCUGCUGUGGUUUUGAGGGAAAACUUUCUGAAGUCAGUGUUGGCUGGUGUGUGCCACCUUUGGUAGCCACCCGAGCACGUCCUGAAAAUAUUUCACAGUUAGGGAAGAUAGUGGAUUGGCAUCUGUAAGCCAAACACGCUGUGUUUCUCUUCUCCUUGGCCUCUCUAAGUUUAAGGAAAGCUGCCUGGAUUUCUUAAAAUGUCAUACUUGUAGUUACAAGCCACUCUUCAGUUUUUGAAACUGUGAAGAAAGUUAAUUUGUGCACUUUCACUGUUGAGAGUCCUUCAGCGCAGCUGAUAGUCUAUUUCUAAAAAGCUUUACAUUAGCUGAAGCAGCAUUUUAUCUUUUUAAGAGGAAAUGUAUUUCAAAAUAAACACUUUAGCAGAAAUGGGAAUGUAAUAGUACUUUUAAAACCUAAAUUGGAAGUAUUCUUUAGCGUGGGGGCUGCCACUACCAGUUUGCAGUCUUACACAAGGUUGUGUGUUUUAUUUUGGCCAAUGUGCAUUUUCAAGGAAAACACACCAAUUGCCUAGUCACACUAAACUCUGAUUUGCAAAGGGAGGAAAGAGUGGGCAGCAGAGGCUAAUCGGGAAUUAAUUUCCCCCCCCCCCCCCAAGGCAUGAACUGGUUCUAUGGACCUCCUUUAUUACGUGCAUGUGCAUCAAGAGCCAAGCUGUGUCCUUUCGUAUUAUUUUGCUUCAGCUUUGUCCGAGCUGUACCUUGUGGCAACUGAAUGCUACUUGCCUGAACACUAGGCAGCCACUGUCAGCUGGCGUGUCGCGCUCUCCUACAGAUCACCAGCAAGUACUGUAGCUUUAAUGAAAACCUCUCAGAAAACUCACCGUCCUUAACCUGAUUGAUUUGUUACAAACUUGUCAUUUGGAGGGAAGUGUAGGUACCAGAUGAUCAUUAUUAGCCAAAUCUAACAAGUAAUAAAACUGUAUACAGGGUACGCAUUUACUGUGCAUGUGUAUAUAUUUUUGUACAUUUUUACAGUUCUUUCCUACACUUGAUUUUAUGACGUUCAGAAGAGAUGCAUCUGAAUCUGGUUAAAAAGCAAGAAGCUGUUAAGAAAACCCAACCCUGUCACCUACUGUAGUUUCUACUAAGAACUGUGCCCAAACAAAUACGCAGAUUUACAGUGCUAUGCAAAUAUUACUUUGUAAGUUGUCUCUUACAUUUUGCUUAAGUAGUUCAUGCAGUUUUUACUGGGCUUUCAGAAAAAGAUUAACACAAAAGACUCAUCUUGUAAAAUAAAAUAGCUUUGGCUGUGUGAAAGUACUGUAUAUUAGAAUCUCAUUCACGCUUUCAGUUGCUUAUUUUAACUGUAUGUGAUUUUGUGCAUAAGAUGCUGGCAUAGAGGGUUUUUUAAUUGUGCUUGAAUGAAAAAGGGUGACUGUCCGGCAUCUGUUUUUUUGGCAGUGUUACAGAGUAAGUAGCUGAUAAUGUAACUGGGAGACCUACAUCCUUUUCCUAUUUGCCACUCUGGUUUUUGUAACUAAACAUGCACUAAGGGCUAUUUCCUUUUUGCUUUGGUUGGUUUUAUUCUCAUCUGUGCUUUUUAGUCUCAGUCCUGCAAACCGAUCCAUGCGAGGGCCACGUGUCUGCAGCCAAUAAUCUGGGUGGAUUGUUUCGUGGCGGCUGGGAGUUGACAGAACAAGCUUAACCCUGCGGCCGUUCCCUGCACUGUGCCAGUUGUGGAGAACUGUGGAGGGACAGUGCAUUACCGUAGCGUUUAUAGAAGCAGUAUGUAAAGUUUUGCAUGGCUGCUCCAAAUGACCAGGAUGGGAGGGAGGGGUGUUCCUCUCCUGAAGAAUCCUCCAAAGUAAACCCAAAGCUGUAUGAUCUAAGAAGUUGAGACUCCAGCAGGGUAAGCUGGCUGUGUGGAUAGAUGCUGUAGAUUAAACCAGUUUUUCAAAUCUGA